CUUUUACCUGUAUCCCAUUUGGUCUUCUAAUAUUACACUCUUAAAGUCUCAGGUUACCUGCGUUAUUUUUGGUUUGAAUCAAAUCUUCCUUUGGAAGAGAAGAGAUGUUAGCUAUAUUCAACAAAGGAUUAGUGAAUCCACCGGAGGAGCUGCACAGUCCAGCUUCUCUCAGUUCAUCUAGGAAGCCUAAGCUUCCGAUGGAAAUCCUCAAGGAUUUUCUCUCUUCAAAUCCCCCCAAUGCUUUGUCAAUUGGCUUUUCAGCUGGAGCUUCCUUAGCUUAUAUUCCACCACAGAAUCCUUGUACCACUUAUCAAAGGUUGUUUUGUGGAGUGGAUGAAAUAUACUGCAUUUUUUUGGGGAGUUUGAACAAUCUAUGCAGCCUUCUCAGGCAGUAUGGUCUGUCAAAAGGCACCAAUGAAGCAAUGUUUAUCAUUGAGGCAUACCGGACCCUCAGGGACCGUGGUCCAUACCCGGCCCAUCAGGUCCUCAAUGAACUUGAAGGCAGCUAUGGCUUUGUGGUCUAUGAUGGCAAGGCUGAAAGUGUAUUCGCUGCAUUGGGUGCAGAUGAAGGUGUUAAACUCUUCUGGGGUAUUGCAGCUGAUGGAUCUGUGGUUGUUUCAGACAACUUGAAGGUUAUAAAAGAAAGCUGUGCUAAAUCAUUUGCACCUUUUCCAGCUGGUUGUAUGUUUCACAGCGAGCAAGGAUUGAUGAGUUUUGAGCAUCCAAGGAGCAAAAUGAAGGCAAUGCCAAGAAUUGAUAGCGAAGGAGUGAUGUGCGGUGCCAACUUCAAGGCCGAUGUUCAGUCAAGAAUGAGCAGCAUGCCGCGAGUAGGCAGCGAAGCCAAUUGGGCACUGCGAGGCUCGAAAGCUUGAAUGAUAGAUAAUUCACUGACAAGAUUGGGAUUAUAUGACCCGCAAUUUAUGCCAUCUGAUUUUUGAAUGAUUUUGUGUUUUCUUUCGCUUUAUUCCUCCCUGUUUAUGAAUUUUCGUAGGUCAGUUGAGCUGACUUCGGAACUGUGAAAAUGUUGUAAACAUGAAAUGGCUUGUUUGAUAAAUAACUGCAAAAGAUAAUCUCCUUCAUUUGGCAGA